CACAGGUGCUGUGGAUGAGGACGAGGCCGAAGAAGUAAUGGACAGCGUGCUGGACGAAAUCAUGUACAUCCAGGUGGAUCACAAUGACCGCAUGCGCAAGGUGCAGGAGAUGGAGGCCAAAAUGAUGAAGAAAAAGAUUCAAGAACAGAAUGCUAGUCCGCUGGCGGUAUUUACCAUGGAUCUAUCGAAGCAGAAGCACGUGCUCAAAAAAACUGGUGGAGUCGAAGAACUCGAACGCCAGCGAAAACUCAAGGCAAAGACCGCAGGCUUAGGUUUCGGUUCUGUCAUUGAGGAUGGGGGCUGCUAAGCAAACGGUGUGGCAAGCUAGCUGUAGACCGAAUUAUAUCUUGCUCCCUGUCUAAACGAGGACAGAUAACAUACUGUGCCGCCCAUAUAUAGACAACGUGUUGUUCUAACAAUAGAACCAUGUGCUGCAACGCCAACGCCUACCUGUCUUGUAGACAGACAUAGCCUUCGAACUGAUCAAACGUUCGAGGCAAAUUUUGGUAACCAACGCGACAAUUAACACAUCCAACUCGUCAAAAAAAUAAAUUUAUGGACGGUUCUUCAUCAAAAAACUACUACAUAUCUUAAAGCAACAUAUCCAACAGACCGAUAUCGACUAGGCUGUUCAAUUGAAUCGAACCUGUAAUAAAGUUUAUGCUGGAUACUGCAUCCGACAAGGAAACUCCGAUGUAUACGAUUACGAUAUGUCUUUGAAGUUUCUUGA